AUGAAUAGUGCUACUAUGCAACAAUUCAAUGGCUUUGAAAAACUACAUGUUACUGGACCUUUUGAUAUUGAACCAGAAACUCAAAUCGUUUACAGUAUAGAUGGCGAUAUUGAGCAAAGUUCUAUAGUAACAAUACGUCGAAUGCCAGAAUCGAUGCGACCAAGAGAGAACCCUUUAAUCGAACCUCCAGCAGACAAUUUAACUGUGACACCACCCGAUUCAUCGGCAUUUGUUCAAUUCAAGCUCAUGAAAAUACUAAAACCUCAAUCAGAUAUCAAUAAACAUAUUCCAGAAACAAAAGCAGAUCAAACCAAAGCAUCUGAUAUCACGCCGUCUAAUGUCAAUUUUUAUGAUACACCAGGUCUCGAAUCAUGGAGUAAUGAAGCAGGAGAAAAGGGCAUGCUUGAAUUAAUCAAUGAAACAAAUCCAGUUUGUGUCAUUUUUUGUGCUUCUCCGGGUUCAUUUGCUGAUUUAUCUCAACUUCGUCCUGUUUUACUGUACUGUAAAGAUAACAGUAUCUUUUGUGCACUUGUAUGUACUAAUAUGUGGUCUAGUAAUAAACGGCAAAAAGUAAUCGAAGAAUUUCAAAAUGAACUCUCAAUUUUCGGACCACAAAAUGAUAUGUAUUCGGAUCAAAUUCAUUCUAAUAUUCCACACAAAAUAUCGUUUUUUGGUACAGGUGCUCUUUGUACGAUGGUGAAUUCAGUUGAAUAUUUCGAUCCAGAAAUGUCAUCAAAAAAACAGCCAGUACAAGGAAUUGAUGAACUCAUUCAUGGCAUCAUGCAAUCAUUAGAUGAUCAGAAAUUACUUGGUUGGUGUAACGCUGUACUUCAUCGACGUAGCUAUUGGACAAUAGUUAGUCAAAAAAUGGUCGGUUUCUUCUCUUUGGGAUUAACAAAAUUACGACGUUACAAAUUUUUCUUGCGUUUGACAACAAAACGAACUUCUACAUAG